CGGUCGGGGCAGGCAGGGCGCUCGCUCCGCUGGGCUGGGGCGGUCAGUGAGCCGGCGGCGAUGGCGCGAGUGGGCUGGCCGACAGUGGCGGCCGUGGGGGCGCUGGUGCUCGUCUCACUCGCCCUCCUGGCGGCAUCAGCCGGGCCGGAGCCGAGCCGAGAGGAAUGUCAGCCCUACAUCAAGCGCGAGCGGGAGGAGUGCGAGGCGCGCGCGGCCGGCGCCGCCGCCUCCUCCGAGCCGGCAGCCGCCGGCCCACUCGGCUGGCUCUCCGACCUGCUCUUCGCGGAGUCACGCUACAUGCGCCAGCGUGACAUCGCCAUCGCCGCCCGACACCGUGACCUCGUCCGGCUCAAGGUGGAGAGGGGAGAGCUGCCGGCGUCGGCGCUCGACCAGCCGCUGCCGUCCCUCUCCGGCGGCCAGGCCAGCCAGAAGUCGCUGCUCGGCCGGCUCUGGUCGGAGCUGUUUGCCGAAUCGCGCUACUGGCAGGAGCGGAACGCCGCCAUCGCCGCCCGCGAGGCUGACCUCCGCCGGGUCAAACUGGAGCGCGGAGAGCUAGUCGCAGACGCUCCCGCGCCGGCGCCGGCCCCGGCUGCGCUGCCGGAGGUUCCGGCCGAGCUGCAGUCCCGGCCGGUCGAGCCCGCGGCCGCGCCCGCCGCCGCCGCUGCCUGGAGCGCCUCUGCUGCCGCCAUGGAGGUCCCCUCCUCGGGCAGCUGGCUGUACGACCUCCUCUUCGCCGAGGUGCACUACAUGCAGAUGCGUGACGCAGCGAUCGCCGCCCGCGAUCGUGACCUGGUGCGAGUCAAGGUGGAGCGAGGCGAGCUGCCGGCCUCGGCGCUGCACGACGAGCGGCUGGCGCGGCCGCAGGCGGCGCUGCCGGGCUCGGAGGGCAGCGGCGGCCUCUUCCAGCUCAUCUUCCCGGAGCGGCGCCAGUUGGCCCUCCGCCGGCAGGCGCUGGCCGAGCGGCACCGUGACCUCAUCCGCACCAAGGUCGAACGCGGCGACCUGCCGCAGUCGGCUCUGGACGAGCUGCCCGGUCUGGAUGAUGCGGUCGGUGACGGUAAAGCCGAAACCGGACCACGGCGCGGUCUCUGGCAGCUCCUCUUCCCCGAGCGUCACCAGAUGGCGAUCCGACGGAAGGCCAUCUUCGAGCGCCACCGCGAUCUCAUCCGGACCAAGGUGGAGCGCGGAGAUCUGCCUCAGUCGGCGCUCGACGAGCUGGUGGAGCCCUCCGACGACCAGCCGGCGGCCGGCGGGCCGCGCCGCUCCAUCCUCCGGCGCAUCAUCGACGAGCUGUUCGCCGAGAGCCGCUACAUGAAGGAGCGCAACGAAGCCAUCGCCGCGCGUGAGGCCGACCUGCGCCGCUACAAGGAGGCACUGGCCCGCGGGGAACAGCCCAGUCGCUACGCGGUAGGCGGAGCGGAGUCGGCGGAGAGCGACCGGCCCGACCCCGCACCCGCCGCCGACGCCGCCGGGAUCAGCGAUGCCGACGUCACCGUCGAAACCGAAGACGACGACAGCGUCGAGAGCGACGAUGACGCAGACAUAGACGACGAUAGCGCCGACGACUCUGACGCUGAUGACGAGGCAGACGUAGACGCUGACGAAGCUGAUGAAGCUGACGAGACUGAGGACUCUGCUACGGAAGCUGCGCCCGCUCAGGAGACUGAGAGGGACGUUUCAGACGAGACGGCAGAGCCGGUCACUCAGGACCAGAACACGGCACCCGCUGCCGACGACGACGGAGACGACAGUGACGACGAAAGCGACGGGGAGGACAGCGACGACGACGACGAUGAUGACGAUGACGAUGAUGACGACGACGAAGAGGCGGGAGAGCCUGCGGACUCAGACGCGCCGGCGCCCGAUCAGGAGGACGGCGACUCGCGAGAGGACGAAACCGAGCACGAGUCUCCCGAGCCGAUCGCCGCCGCCGACACCGCCGAACGCCCCGAGCCGGCCGCCGCGCCGCAGCCGCAGCAGCAGCCGCCGCCGCCACCGGCACCGGAACCCGAAGUGGAGAAGGCGGCGCCACCUGCUCCCGUCGAAGAAGCGCCGGCCCCCGCCCCCGCCGCCGCUCCUGCGCCGGCUCCUGCACCGGCACCAGCACCGGCUCCUGCACCAGCGCCGGCUCCCACCCCUGCUCCGACUCCAGCCCCGACUCCUGCGCCCACUCCAGCUCCAACUCCUGCCCCCACACCGGCUCCGACUCCGGCUCCGACUCCGGCUCCGACUCCAGCUCCGACUCCAGCUCCGACUCCAGCUCCAACUCCCGCCCCGACACCGGCUCCUGUGCCAGCUCCCGCCCCGGCUCCUGCACCUGCUCCUGCUCCAGCCCCGGCUCCCGCUCCCGCGCCUGCUCCCGCUCAGAGUCCCGCUCCCGCCGCGCCGGAGCCGACGGCCCGUCCCCGUCUGGAGGUGGAGGAGCUGCUCGGCCUGCACGCCCCCUUCAGCCGGCCCGUGGAGGACGCGACCAACUACGCGCUGCGUGAGCUGAAGCGACUGGCCGACACGGCCAUCAAACCGCUGGAGGAGACGUUCAAGUACAGCUCCAUCAGCACGCGCACACUCUCAGACGCUGAGAUCUUCGCCAAGCCGGUGAUUCUGUUCCUGGGCCAGCUGAACAGCGGCAAGUCGACCAUGAUCAACUACCUGCUGGGUACCGACGCCACGCGCACCACCGCCAUGCCAGGCAGCGGUCAGUUCCGUAUUCUGACGUACGGCGAGCAGGACGCCCGCCAGGACGGCGCUCAGGUCACCUCGCACUGGGAGUUCGCCGGACUGCAGAAGUUCGGCGAGGCCUUCCUUGAGCGGCUCUCCGGCAGACAGCUCAAGAACCGGCUCCUCGAAAAGGUGAGCGUGGUGGACGUGCCGGGCAUCAUGGAGGGCCGCCAGUACGGCCGCAUCUACCCCUUCAACGACGUCUGCCAGUGGUUCAUCGACCGCGCCGACAUCAUCUUCGUCGUCUUCGAUCCGCACCACCUCGACAUCGGCGUCGAGAUGGAGAGCCUGCUCGACCAGCUCAAGGGUCGCGAGAAUCAGGUGCGCAUCAUCCUGAACAAGGCCGACCAGCUGCCGGCGGACCGGCUGCUCUCCGUCCAGGGCAGUCUGAUCUGGUCACUGAGCCCGCUCAUCGGCAGCACCACGCCGCCGCCCAUCUACUCGGGCAGCUUCGUGCAGGCGCCCUACCGCGACGGAGCGCCCGUCGACCUGUUCCGCAGCCAGGAGGACGCCAUCCUCACCGACAUCGCGCGCUCACUCUCCAGCCGCGUGGAGAACAGGAUCGGACUGGCGCGACGGCACGCCGUGCGGGUACGCAACCAUGCGCGCAUGGUGGACUGCUACGUGACCACCUUCCUCAACCAGCAGACGUUCCUCAGCAACAAGAAGAAGCUGGCUGAGGACGUCGUCUCCAACCCGCACAAGUACCACAUCUACGAGGGCAUCAGCCGGGUCACCAACAUCUCCCGCUACGACCUGCCCGAUCCGGAGAUCUACGAGGACUUCUUCACGCUGCACCCGCUGUACGACUUCCCCACGCUGGCCUCCACCUGCACCUACUUCAAGGGCUGCCCGCUCGACAAGCUGGACAUUGCCAUCAGCUACGACCUGCCUGAGCUGCUCGGCAAGUACCGCAAGAUGGUGGACCGGGGCCAGCGCCGCCAGGGCUGAGCGGCGCGCGGAGCCGCCCGUCACCCCGCCCGCACCCAGCGCCGGCCCGGCGUCCCCGCAGCCGAGGUGCCGGCCCCGCGCCCAGAGAGACGAGCGAGCGCGCGCCGCCUGCAGUGGCGACGACCGCGGCGGGCGCGCCGCCGAGUGACCGGUGCCGCCGGGCGAGAGACAUUCCCGACCGACCCGCAGGGAGCGCGCCGCACACGAGCCGGGGGCGCCCAGGGAGAGAGACAGCACUGCCGCCGGUCGCAGCGCCUGCCGGCCCGCGGCCACCCAACUGGAGACACGUCUGAUGACCGGGCCCGGCCCGCCCCCGUCCCCGCGCACCGGCGCACCCUCCGUGUGACUGACUGUGAGAGAGCGAGCCAGCGUCCGACCGAGCCCCUCGACUGAGAGGUGCGCGUCGCGGCGCGUCCGGCGUCCCGCGGCGCCAGUGGCCUGAUGUAUGUUUAGGACACACUGUUCUUUCAUGUAGCUCAAUUGUCCGCCUGAGCGCGAGAGACCGCGGCGCGAGUGCUGCGCGAGGAGUGAGUGCAACGUCCCUACCCCGCCACAAAGCCGCGGCGACAGAGAGGGUCCGGACGGACAGCAGCGCGCGCCAGUCGCGCGGACAACGCGUCGAGUGUGGAGGGGCGGCACUCACCGAGUGCCACGGUAGUACCCCGAGGCAGGAGAUGCGAGAGGUAUUCGCAGACCGCUUCCGAAAUUCGGUCAAUCAUAAACGAACGCGAGCAGAGACUGGGAAAUGUUGGUCGCCAAAUACAAAUACCUCUAACACCCAGCGCGCCCAAAACUAAGCAUUACAGAAGCGAAAGACAGUGAACGUUCACCAUGUUGAUCACAUAUAAUAGCUUUGUAAAUUGUGCUAAACUCCCUUUAGGACAGUUAAAUGUGAUAAUUGUUGGUAGUCCUGUCCAGCAAUAAAUUAAUUGCCUUGGUUUUAAA